AUGUGGGAAAUUUUUAAUGGUUUCAAUGAAUCGCUCACUGAACGGCAACUGCCCAAAACCAUUCCUCGUCAAUUGAUCGUACCGUACAAAAAGUUGGCAUCUUCGCAAGCAUCAAAAUUGGAUGUUGGAGAUUUAUUAAAAGAGCUUCGGCGUGCGGAUGGCUUUUUCAAAAAUCGUUACGUUGAUACAUUACUGUUUCUGGAUGAAUUUCAAUUGAAGGAUGCGCAUGAGAAGCAGAUAUUUUUUACAAAAUUGAAGGAUGAUUUGGAAAUUUUCCCGAGCAACAUUGCAAAAUAUCGAAUUCUUCCGAAAGUGAUACAUAGUUAUGAAUAUGGAGAUGCUGGUUCGUUCGUGCUCGUGCCACUUUUUCAACUGGGACAUCUUCUUGAUGAGGAGGAGUAUCAGCGUCGUGUUGUACCUUGUCUAUGUAAACUGUUCAGUUCACCGGAUCGAGUAACACGUGUUAAACUGCUUGAGCAUAUCGAUGAAAUUGCACCUCAUUUAACACCACAAAUUGUUAAUGAAAAGAUUUAUGGGUUGGUUUUUAGGGUUUUUUUUGUUUCAUUCUGGAUUGAUUUAUUUUACCAAAAAAUGUAG